CGCAGGUUUCGCGGAGCGCGAGCUGCGGUGGCGGUCAUGGAAGGAUCCUGUGCGGGCUUCCGGAAGGUGUCAAGCCACACAGAGGGAAGCCCAACAGCUAGGCCCCACAGCAGAGCCUACUUUUAAGACCUCAGCAGCCCAGUCUUUCCACGACAGUGCCCUUCCACCCACAACCUGGAAAUGGCACCCAAUUUCCUGCCAAGGAGAGCUUAACAGGUCUCGGGCCUCUGUACAGCCCCUGCCUAGCUAACUGCAGCCCAACUCCUGCUCCCACCACACCGGUCACCUCCACCAGAACAAUGAUGCCCCUUAGCACCCACUAUGCAGCAUGCAGCUGGUGCCAAGUGAGACAGUAUUGGUGGGCACAUCUUCCCAGGCCUCUGGAGCAGCACAGCCAGAUGCCUCCCUGAUCCUGAGACCCUGGGGUGGCAGUGCUUUCAGCUGGAAGUCAACCCAUUCCUUCCAGAAGGGGUUGACCCUCCCUCCCCUCCAGGAGCUGGUGAGCAGGCUGCUGCACCUGCACUUCAGGGAUAGCAAGACCAAAGUCAGCGGGGAUGCACUGCAGCUCAUGGUGGAGUUUCUGAGGAUCUUUGUUGUGGAGGCAGCUGUCCGAGGGGUGCGCCAGGCCCAGGCAGAGGGUGCAGUGCUUGUGGACGUGGACCAGUUGGAGAAGGUGCUCCCUCAGCUGCUCCUGGAUUUCUAGGGAUGUUCAUCCUCCCUGAGGCCACCCCCAGGGUGGCUGAGUGUCUUCUGAGGCCUGUGGGGUCUGCAGUGCAUUGACAACAGUAUUAUCACCUGGUUCCCAAGAACCUCCUCCAGUGUUUCAAGGACACUAAGGACCUAGCAUUCGGUGCCCUUAAUAGUAUCCCUUCCCCGUGGCUCCCAGCUGAUGAGACUCUGGGACACACAGGCAGGUACAGGGAACAGGUGGACUGGCCUGCUUCCCAAUCCCAGCCAUGCCACCACGUGGUGUAUGGUGUAUUGUAGCCACCCCAGCAUUAGAGCCUACCAGCAGCCUGUUAGCCAUAUGGGCCUCCCCUAGAGGAUGCCCGCCCCCCCCCAAGCUGUAAAUUUAUUCCCACAGACGAACACCAAUAAAUCAACAUCUCUUCUCCCA